GCGGCGCGCACACCGCCGCUGUCACUCCGCGGCCCGGCGCCGCCCCGCCGAGGGGAGCGGCGCGCAGGGAGGCGGCGCGGCGCGGUCAGUGGGGAAGGCGGGCUACGGCGCGGCGCCUGGCUGCUGGGCGCUGACUUUAGGGAUUUGGUACUGAUACAAAGCCCAACGCAAUCCUUUGACCUAGCCCCUACUGACUUCGCCUGAGAGAGGAGAAUUGAGCCACCGUGGAAGUGUCUGAUGCUGGUACUGCAAUGCUGAGUUCUAGCUCGACCACUGUGAAGAAUCUUCCUUUGAAGAAGAGGCUCUGUUUCCUGCUGAAACUUGUGUGCUUUGUGACCUCGGUGUUAAUAUUUUGCGAAUUUUUGAUUUAUUAUGUGGUAAUUUUUCAAUGUCGAUGGCCAGAAGUGAAAGGUGGAGCUCACAUGGGUGGAAAAGAGACUUCGACUUCAGUCCUAAAAGCCAUAAUUUUAGCUGAUACUCACCUACUUGGUGAAAUCAAAGGACAUUGGCUGGAUAAGCUGAGAAGGGAAUGGCAAAUGGAGAGAUCUUUCCAAACUGCCGUAUGGUUAUUGCAGCCAGAUAUUGUUUUUAUUCUGGGGGAUGUCUUUGAUGAAGGAAAAUGGAGCUCACCUCAGGCAUGGGCAGGUGAUGUCAGGAGAUUUCGGAAAAUGUUUAAGUAUCCAGUUUCUACUGAGCUAGUGGUUAUUGUUGGGAAUCAUGACAUUGGAUUUCAUUAUGAAAUGACUACUUACAAGGUAAAUCGAUUUGAGAAAGUUUUCAACUUUACUUCAGGAAAGCUGAUAACUCGAAAAGGAAUCAACUUUGUCCUAGUGAACAGCGUAGCCCUGGAGGGUGAUGGCUGUGCUGUCUGCCGUACCUCGGAGGCAAAGCUUGUGGCACUUUCUCACAAACUGAAUUGCUCCCAGCAGAAACCAAGUUAUUCCAACAAAAGAUGCAGUGAUGUGGAAAAGCUUCCAGCUUCAGAACCCAUCCUUUUACAGCAUUACCCCCUCUAUCGGAAAAGUGAUGCUGAAUGCACUGGAGAAGAUUCUGCUCCUGUAGAGGAGAAGAACAUCCCGUUUAAAGAAAAGUAUGAUGUACUGUCUCAAGAAGCAUCACAAAAGCUGAUAUGGUGGUUUCAUCCCCGUUUGAUUCUCAGUGGGCAUACGCAUAGUGCUUGUGAAGUGCUGCACAUGGGGAACAUUCCAGAAAUCAGUGUCCCGUCAUUCAGUUGGAGGAAUAGAAACAAUCCUAGUUUCAUCAUGGGCAGCAUAACACCAGCUGACUUCUCCCUCCAAAAAUGCUUCCUUCCGUACGAGAGCAGAGUCUUUACUAUAUACUGUGCAGCAGGUGCUCUGCUUGUAAUCCUGAUACUAGCUCAUUUUCAGCUUCUCACUCCACCAUUUUAUUUUGCUCAGCGUUUAAUCAGUAAGCAUAAAGCAGUAUGAAGAGCCAGACAUCUGCAUUCAGUCACUGAAAUACCAAAGCUGAGAACAGUCAAACAUCAGACUAUAUUCAUGCCAGCAAAUGACCUAAUUUGAUUGCUAGUCUGAAGGCAGGUUGCAUUUACACAUACCAUAGAAGUCCUAUACAGCUGAUAUGACUAACUACAGGAUAAAUAAUUAACUGAAAUGAACGUUUCAUGCUGUACAAAAAUACUGUAUUCGACAAUCAAAUGAGUCCUUUUCCUGCUAUAAUUUUUGUAUCAAAUACGUAUAUUAAAAGUGUAACUGUACAUUA